AUGCGGAAGAAGAACAUAGAGAAAAUCUACAUGACAGCAUUUGCAGGCUCAGACUCCAGAACAAAGGCGCACAAUGAGCAUAUCUGUAGUGACAAGAAAUGUGAGGCAAACACUCGCUUUGCUUUACAGGAGUUCAUUUCGUCGUUUUUAGCAGCUGUAGAACCGCGGGCAUUCGCUGACAGCCACGCUGAGCCCACGGACGCCGCGGGAUGGGAUGGACGGCGCCUCGCUCCCGCCGCGGAACGUUUGGAGCCCGGAACCUGCCGCCGUCCGCCCGGCGGGGAAGAGGCGGGGGAAGAGAAACGAGCGGACGCGGCGUCGCCGCCAUUGCACAGGUUCCGCUCCCGCGGCCGCCAUUCUCGGCCUGUCCCGGCCAUGUACCGGCCGGGAUUCCGCGCACCGACACCUCCCUAUGCGGGCGGCGGCUUCCGGAGCCCUCCCUCCGGCGGAGGACCCUUGCCGCCCUCUCCGCGGGGCUACGGGAGCCCCCACCACACGCCGCCCUACGGCCACCGGCCCGGGCCGUACGGCAGCGGCCUCUCGCCCCGCGGCCCCGGGUUCCACGGGCGCUUCGGGAGCCCCUCGCCGGGGGCGCAGACCCCGCGCAGGCCGCAGAGCGUCAGUCCCCGGUACCCGGCUCCGUACGGCGGCUCGUCCCCGGCCGGGGCGCCUCUGCACCCGCCGCCGCAGCACAAGCGCUCGCCCGGCGGCUUCCAGAGGCACUUCCAGGGAUCACCCAGGACAUCUACUCCAUUUGGUACAGCGCAUGGCAGAGAGAAAAGAGUCUCUAAUGAUGUGGAAAACUAUUACAGACCUUCAAUGCUUGAGGACCCAUGGGCUGGCCUAGAGCCAGUGUCUGUUACAGACAUAAACCAGCAAUACAGCAGUGAGCAAACAACAUGUACUGGUAAAAAAGGGAGGUAUUUCAGCUAACACUUUUAAAGGCCAAAUAAUUCCAUCUUGUCAGGAAAACUUUGGGACAGAAUCUUUACACUUACACAAGAUGAACAAUAAUCAAGACCUUAGAUAAUACUUUUAUUUCAUCACAUGUCCACCCUUUUAUCCUACCUUUUUUAUUGCAUUGGAUAUUUUUAUGUAUGGGAGGCAAAAGGAGUGGUAGGAAAACUUACAUUUCUGGCUAUGUGGAAGUGCCUACCAGCUCUGAAGAACAGUGUUCUUUAAUCACCAGCGACUGAUUUGUGACUGUUAAAGCAAGUUUCCAUAUACUUACCUCUCCCAUGCCAGACUGUUAGCCUUCUAUUGUAAAGUCUUUUAGGAAGUGGUAUUUUUUAUGUUUCAACAUUUUUAGAUUGAAAUAACUUGGAAAUAAAAUAAAGUUUUGUAAAUCUUUGUUUUGUAAUGUAUAAAGAAUAUUUUAGGAGCUUUGUUAAGGUGAACACAUUAACACAGUAAUUCACAACACUGAAAUUAGGUGACUUCUGUAAGUGUGCUUGUAUGCUGUAGUUAACAUCUGGUUUUGUGCAUAAUAAUUUUUGUUAAUUGCAGUGUAAUGUGAAAUUGAAACAUGACUUAUAGCCAUCUCAGGAAACAAAUGUAUUGGUUUUGGAAAGUUUAAUUUGUUGAACAAACUCAAGUCACAAACUUAAUUCUGGAAUUAUUUGCUUUUGUGUUUAAAAAUAUAUAUAUUUAGAUCAGUAUUAGAAAUUUCUGGAUUAUAGUAACAAGUCUGCUCAUUGACAGUUUAAGUCUAAAGAACGCAUAAAACAUCAAGCUUAAGUAAAUGCAAAUUUUCUUUCUGGAUCCACCUGCUAGAAUAGUACAGAAUGAGUGACAGUUUUUGUUACACAGUUGACAUUAGUACGUGCAUUGCAUCUUUUUUUAAUCCAUUUUAUAUUUUUCAAUUAUUUUUUAUUUUUACUUAGAGCAGGCAUCAUUGCCAGGAGAAUUGAUUUGUGUGUGUACAUGCUAUAUUUUUAUACUGAAGAGGAAAGCAAUGCUUUGGGUUUUUUAGAGCUUGUCUUUACAUGGAAGAUCCAUGCUUAAAUUCAGGAGUGAAUAUCAUAAUCUAGAAUAAAAAAGACAUAGUUCCAGCUGCAGGCAUGUUCUUAACUUGCCGUGUUACAGCUGCAGUAUUUAGAUAAAUUUGUUGUUGAACUUAACACUAUUUGUUUGUUGAUCUUGGCUUUUAAACCAAGGUAGAGUGUAAAAACUUUGUUAAAUAAAACCAUUAGUUUAGUUUUCAAAAUACAUGUGUUCUUUUAAGCUUCUUAUGUACUCAAAACUUAUUUUUGUAGUCCUGAGGCAGGAUUAAGUAGAAAAGCACAGGAAAUCCCAUUAAACUGUUCUUAGUAACUUGUCUUUUGCUGAGGUAGAAUAGUCCUCUGUACUCUUUAUCUGUUUCAGCAUAAGAUGUGUUAGGUUAAUACUGCCUUCAGGAACAACUUCAGACUGUAAGGGGAGCUUAAUAUGUUCAAAUGUUGUGACUCUCUUGUACUCUUAGGACCACAGUCUAAAGUAUGUCACUUGUGUGUUCCCCUGGUUCACCCUAUUAUUUUAGUAUUACAUCCAAAAAGGCUGCCUCAAGAACUGAGAACAUAAAGCCUGCUGGAUAUCAAGAAUGGUUAAAUCUUCAUCCCAGAAUCAAAAACUGGUUCCUUAAAUGGCAGCUAUCAGUAUUGUUGUCUUUAAUAGGUACCAGCUAAACUGAGAUGACUUGACAAGUUAUAGAAUUUAUACAUAAGUUAAUCAACAUCAUUGUGAAAACUGAAGUGUAAAUUUGUCUUUCCUUUUUUGUUUUUUCAACCUUGUCGGGUGCUAUUAAGCUCACAGGAAAAAAAAAGUUGCAGUGUGCUUAAUCAAGUGCCCUGUUUCUUUGCCGUUUCCCAUGUAAUUGAAAUGCAAUUUAGUUUUUGCAAUAUUUGGUGAUCUUGGAGAAACGAAUAUGAUUUUAUUUAAGAGAGUAAAUCCAUGAUGUGUUCUCAGUUAGAUGUGAUGAGAGUCUGGGUUUGGAAAGGAGAAAGGAAAGGUAAGGGAUUCCUGAGAGAACAGAGACUGUUAGAGGUGGGACUUCUUACAGAGUAGCCAGUAUGAGCUGCCCUUGCACAUUGCAAGGAUGGAUUUUUCCACUUUGGCAUUGCAGUAGACCCAGGCAUCAACUGGAACCAGGUGUCAGACAUCGGUGAAGGUAAAUCUUCCAGAAAGAGAACAGAAAAUAAUUAUGAAACACUGUUUAAUCCGUGCAGACCUUCCACUAUGUCGUCUGUUAAAUUGCUGCUUCAGUGCACUUCAGGAUAUGACUCAACAAUUUUAAGUACAUCAUACUGCUAAAAGCUACAGUCAUUUGGUCAAGAAUCAGCACCAAAAACUUUAAAAUUAUUCACCUUUCUGGCUUCUGGGAGAAAUUCUGUAAUUACAGUAAAAUUUAAAUAUGUCAUUGUUGGAGAGCUGUAAAAUGCAUGAACACGUGUUCAGAACUAUAAAUAUAAUGUUCUUAAAGUCAAGUUAA